UCGGUCAGUUAGCGACACCCAACCCGGCACUCAUGCCAGUAGUAUGCACGGUGACAGAAAUUAAGCUAGAACCUCGUUUACGCAUAGAUUCGAUAUGGCUGUAACAGCAGAUCACAUCCGGGAUAAGCUUACUAAGGAACUUGAAGCAGUGCACGUGGAUGUGGAGGAUACGUCACCGAACAGAUGUGCUGCCAGCUUUAAAGUCCUGGUGGUGUCGUCCCAAUUUGAGGGUAAACCACUGCUGCAGAGACACAGGAUGGUGAAUACGUGUCUGGCCGAGGAGCUGAAAGAGAUCCACGCUUUUGAACAGAAGACCCUCACACCAGAACAGUGGGAGAAACAGAAGUCACAGUGACACACGCACAUUGUAUCACAUUCCAAUUAGUUUGUAAAUCCUCCCAUAAAACAGGCCUUAAUACUUCUGUGACAUCAAGAAAGCAGAUGAGUGCUCUACUUAAUUUGUGAUAUUGAUAUGAAUCCACUGCAGUGCUUUGCUGGCAAUAAAACCAUUGAUGCUGCC